AUGGACGCAGUCAUCGACGAAACCCUACGGCUAUACACAGUCGUCAUGUUCCACGAGAGGGUCGCUAAUGAGGACUAUGAGCUUAAGGGCACCGGUAUUACCAUCAAAAAGGAUGAUGUGGUGCACAUACCGAUCUAUGCCAUACAUAGAGACCCGGAGCACUUUUCCGAUCCGGAAGUGUUUAGACCGGAAAGGUUUCUACCCGAAAAUAUAGCCCACAAUCCCUAUACGUAUUUACCAUUUGGUGCCGGCCCUCGAAACUGUCUGGGCAUGCGAUUGGCUCAGUUGGAGAUUAAAUUAGCCCUGGUCAAUCUUGUUCAUCGAUAUGUUUUUCACGCAACAGAG